CACAAUCUGAGGUGUUGCAUCUAUGAAGUAGAAGAAAACAUGUUUUUGUGUAGUCUUUUACAGUUCUCGGUUUUGGCAGGUUUUGUUAGUUGUAUUCUGUCAGCCGAAUCAGCCGACAUAAUUUUUCAUGAAGACGCUACUCUACGGUCUAAUAUUGUUAUUAACCAUCAGGCUGUCAUACAUGAAGAGGAUGCACAACCGCCAAACGCUGCAAAGCCAACCCCAAAGCCAACAACACCAGAUCCAAGAGCAAAUAAAAGUAUUUGUUAUAAAGAGCUUGGCUGCUUUGACAACUUUUAUCCGUUUAACAAUGCUGACUUAGAUCUUCCAGACAGCCCCAAAACAAUUGGAACUUCCAUGACCUUAUAUACUCGCCAAAAUCGCCAAAACGGCACGGGUCAACUUCUCCAGUAUAACAACAAGGACACGAUUAAACAUUCUUAUUUUGAUGGGAGUAAACCAACAAAAAUUAUAAUUCAUGGACUUGCAAAUAAUUUAAAUACUGCAUGGCUCCACGAGUUAAAGGACGAACUACUUAAAAGGGGUGAUUUUAAUAUCAUUAUUGUUGGUUGGGGUAACGGGGCAAAGGUUGAAGAUUAUUCAAAGGCUGUUGCAAAUACAAGAGUGGUCGCUACUGUGGUACACAGAACAAUUGGCCUUUUAUUAACAUUUGGAGCUAAGUUGGACAAGAUACAUCUAGUUGGUCACAGUCUCGGUGCCCAUACAUCUGGAUAUGUUGGACAUUUAUUUAAAGGUGCAUUACAACGAAUAACAGGUUUGGACCCAGCCGGGCCUAAUUACGACCAUUCUCCAAUUUUGGUAGUAUUGGAUCACACAGAUGCUAAAUUCGUGGAUAUUAUUCAUUCCAACGCUGCACCUUUUUUGUCUGGAGGAGCUGGUCUACUUAAUCAGUCUGGCCAUGUUGAUUUUUACUUAAAUGGCGGGAAACACCAGCCUGGGUGUAAAGAUGGCUUUUCUGGUAUUUCUGAACUCCUUCAUGGCCACGGUAUAUCGCAAACUCUAGGCUGUAGCCACGGUAGAUCACAUAUUGCUUUCAUUGAAUCUGUUAACUCCAGAUGUCCGUUCACAGCCUACCCCUGUUCCGAUUAUGAUAGAUUUGAGGCUGGAAAAUGUCUUAAUUGUGGUAGUACUGGAUGUUCUGUACUAGGUUACUAUUCAGAUCAGUAUUAUGCCAGAGGGAAAAUGUAUCUAAAUACCUCGCCAAAUUCGCCACUCUGCGGAUAUCACUACAGUGUUACUAUCAAGGGGGCUCAAGAAACUAAAGACUCAAAAGGGACAAUUUCAAUUAGAUUGAAGGGCAACUGGGGAGACAGUGGAUUUGUUUUAGCAACACAAGAGGACCAAACACUGAAAAGGGGAGAUACCUUUUCUCACAUAUUGGUUUCUCCCAUAGAAGUUGGCGAUGUUGAUUCUCUUACGAUUAAAUAUGAACAAUAUCCUGGCACGAUGCUAUUUGGAUUCGGGAAAGGCGAAGAUAAAUAUGCUGUAGAUAGUGUGGAAGUUAUUGCUGGCGAAAAUGGUGAUAAGUUUAAAUUUUGCUUGGUGAAUAAUAAGGAACUGAUGCAUGACACAGAAGUUAAAGCUGUUAAAUCUUCAGCACAACAUCGUUGUUAAAAUUGAAGCAAAAUUCACUAAUUAUUAUCUUUUUUUAAAGAAUAAACUUGUC